AUGGAAUAUUAUGAUAUUUAUGAAUAUUUCGGAUUAUAUUUAUUUCCUUUCUUUUCUUUAUUAUAAUCUCACUUACUCUGGACAGUAAUUAGUGCGCUAAUAUGUAAAGUUUCUGGCGUAUGUACUCAUCUUUUUCUAAGUUUUUUAGUGUAAUAUAUAAAGUUUAACAGAUCAACUUGUACUCUGUACUUUGUCUACUAGUUUUUUUUGUAUAUAAACGUGUUUACACUGUGGAGCCUCUGAAAUUCUGAAAGCGGAAGUUGUGGAUAGCAUGUUGUACUUGCACCAAGUACAACAAUGUCACUACCAUCUAAAGUUAACAAGGAAAACUUUCGCCUGCUGGACCUCUCUAGUGACGAGGAGUCCGAAGACUUGCAGCUAGAAAUAAUUCCUAGCAGAAAAAAGAAAAUCACAAGACGGGAACGCAGCAGAGGCACCCCAAAAACACCUGAGCCCAACAUAGGAGCAGAGGUGCGAUGUGCGCUCCGCUGGGCUCUCCGUGGCACACUAUUGCUCUGGCUGCUCAUACUGACAUGGAUCUGUGCCGCACUCUACGACCAAGUGUCCACAAUGAGAGCUGCUGUUGACCAUGUAUCAACAACCAGCGGCGCCGUCGGCGACGCGCUCCAGGUGUGCCACACGGCGUCCAGAGAGCUCCGAGGGAACGCGAGCAUACUCAGCGCGCGGCUGGAUAAGUUAGCAGUAGAACAUGCAGAACUCGUGAAGCGAGUUGAGCAGACGGCCAGCGAGCUCGCGGCGGUGUCGGGCCAGCUGGCCGCCGCGCCCAAACUCGCCGACACGCCGCGCAGGAUCGCCGAGCUACAGCAGACCGUCGGCUCGUUCGGAUCACAGAUCACGGGUUUCGACGAAACGCUAGCGUCGACGCGAAAGCAAGCGCUGGCUGCAUCCGCGGGCAUAGAAGAGGUGAAGAAGCUAGUCCAAGCACUGGACGCGCGGAGCAACGAGACCAUAGCCAACGUGACCGCCACCGGGAGGAGGGAGGACGAGAUCAAGCAGGAGAUAGCCACGCUCAACGCCACGCUGGCGGGACGCGUGGAUGCGUUAGAGAAUAAGAUACAACUGUACACUAAAACGACGAGCACGGCGGCACCCACCACCACAAGUACGUCGACGACCACCACUACCACCACAGCUGUCCCGCCAGGUCCCGUCAAACCAAAUGUGCUAGGCGUCGGGCAGUGAGGGAACAAAUCACUCCUGAACUCAAAACUAGAGUAAAGUAUUAAACGAAGCGUAAAGAGAUUGCUCAUAAUGAUCUCAAGGGAUCUUACGUCCACACAAAUAUACUGUAGUCAGAGACGUGGUAAUGAAAACCCUCCUGUAAGUUAGAGAUCUCUAGCUGUCAAUAUUUUUAUGACAAAGAGACUUAUAGAUAGAAGGCAUGGAAGGUAGAGGUAAGGAAUACAAUCUCCAUGUAUCAAAAACUGUCCGUCAAGAAACCUUAAAUAGGUGACACCACAAUACCUAGAAUGUUUAAUAAAAAAAAACAACGGGUUGCACUCCGGGAGUGCCGGCAGAAGUGAAAAGUCAAUGACAUUGUAACAGUUUUUCGAUCAGGUCACGUGUCCGUCUUAUGAAUUUUCAAUCUGUCGAAUCUGUCGGUCACGUGACCUGUCGCGAGUUUAAAAUACCCCAUCACAAAAAAGAAGAAGCUAAAGAAGUUUUCACUUCAAAAAUUUAAAUCAUUGACAGCGCACUUCACUCCGUCAAUAACGCCUAUGUUCUUAGCUACUCUAGCGCUAGUCUGGAGAGAUUUGGAACUAUUAUUUAUAGCUGACAACUGGACACUUUUGCAA